AUGGCCGGGAACGCGCGCCGUCUGUUCUUCCUGAUCGGCUUGGCGGCCUGCCUCCUCACGACGUCGCGGGCGCAGCCCACGGAGGUCAAGGUGGGGCUCAUCAUCGACGCCGACUCGCCGGUGGGAAAGAUCGCGACGACCACCAUCCCCAUGGCUCUCGAGGACUUCUACGCCGCCUUUCCCAACUCCUCCGCUCGGGUUAAGAUCCUGCAGCACGACUCCGGUGGAGACGUCGUCGCCGCCGCGUCAGCGGCGUUGCAGCUGAUGACGACGCAGGGAGCGCGCGCCAUCCUCGGCCCGCAGUCGUCGGUCGAGUCGGCGUUCGUCGCCGACCUCGCCACGCAGGCCCAGGUCCCCGUGGUUUCCUUCUCGGCCACCAGCCCCUCCGUGUCCCCCGCCACGGCGCGCUUCUUCUCCCGCGCCGCGCAGAGCGACGCCGAGCAGGCCGGCGCCGUCGCCGCGCUCGCCGCGCACUUCGGCUGGCGCCGCGUGGUGCCCGUCUAUCAGGACGACGACUACGGCGCCGCGUUCGUCCCCUUCCUCGUCGAAGCCCUCGCGUCCGCGCCCGCGCCCGCCGAGGUUCCCUACCGCUGCGCGCUCCGGGAGGACGCGACCCCGGACGCCGUGGCCGCGGAGCUGCACCGCAUGGAGUCCGAGCAGACGCGCGUGUUCGUCCUCCACACGCGCCCUGGGCUCGCGCGCCGCGUGUUCGACGCCGCCGCGGCGGGCGGCAUGACAGGGGACGGCUACGUGUGGGUCAUCACGGACGGCCUCACGGGCCUCCUGGGCUCCGUCGAGCCGCCGCAGGGCGUCAUCGGGCUCGCGCCAUACGUGCCCACCACGCCGCGGCUGCGCGAGGUCAAGAAGCGGUGGGCGCAGCGGUACAUGCGCGACCACCCGGACGACGAUCUCUCGCGCGCCGUCCUAGGCUGCCACGCCGUCUGGGCCUACGACGCCGCGUGGGCCGUGGCCUCCGCGGCAGAUCGGCUCAACGCCACCGACCUGUCGUCGCCACCCGGGCUGGUAAACGGCACGGGCGGGCCGACCGACAUCUCGGGGCUCGGGAAGUCCGCAUCAGGCGAGAAUUUCCUCCGAGCUAUCCGAAACGUGACAUUCGACGGUCUUGGCGGCAAGUUAGAGCUCGUCGACGGCGAGCUUGUAGCACCGGCCUACCGCGUGUUAAACAUCAUGGACGAUGGAAAGGAGAGGGGCGUCGGGUUCUGGUCACCGCGGCACGGGCUGACCCGGCAAUUUGGCCACGCUUCGAACACACCGGCUGGCGAGCUCGGACUCCAUCCAGUGAUCUGGCCUGGAGAGUCGACGGUGCGGCCGAGCGGGUGGGUGCAGCCGACGAACGCGCGGAAGCUGAGGGUGGCGGUGCCGGGGAAUGUUUCCGACAGCUACCGCCCGAUCUUGCACCUUACCACGUUCGAUGCCGUGGUGGCAGACAUGACCAUCACAGCAGAUCGAGCGGCCCACGUGGACUUCACGUUGCCUUACAUGUCGACAGACAUCGCCAUGGUUGUACCGUUGCGCGACCAACGGAGCAGCAAGCUCACACCCUCCAACCAAGCUGGCACCCUCGUCUACUUCGGCUUCUCCACCCUUGUCUUUGCCCACAGGGAGAAGCUCACGAGCAACCUGUCGAGGCUCGUGGUUGUCGUUUGGGUGUUCGUCGUGCUCAUCCUGCAGUCUAGCUACACGGCGAGCCUCACUUCCAUGCUCACGGUGCCGCAGGUGGAGCCGACCAUCGCCGACUACCGUGCGCUGUUGCGGGGCACGGACAUGGUCGGGGUCAUGAACAACUCCUUCACAGGCAAGGCCCUGACCCAAUCGGGGUUCCCGCAAGUUAGGAUCAUGCGGUACACGACCGCGCGGAGCUUCCAGGAGGCGCUACUCAACGGUAGCAUCGGCGCCAUCAUCAACGAGACGCCCUACUUCAAUAUUUUCCUCGGGACCUACAACGACAACUUCACCAUGACCGACCAACGCAACAUGACGGGAGGCUUCGGGUUCGCCUUUCCCAAGGGGUCGCCGUACGUGACGGAUCUGUCGCAGGCGAUUCUGAAGCUAACCGAGAACAAUGAGAUCAACAGGAUCGAGCGCAAGUGGUUCGGCGACCCCAAAGGCAACGAUUCGCAAUUCACGUCCGGAAGACUCAGCUUUAAAAGCUUUCGGAGCCUAUUCCUUAUCACUGGCAUCACAUCUGUCGUUUGUUGCAUUAUCCACCUGAUCUUUAAUCUCAACGACAACCGCCGGCAGCCCAUCCAACAAAUCACGUCGCACGCUUCUUCGCCCGCUGAGGUGCCCUGCGUGAUCGACAUGGUCGGCAGCCCGCACAGUGCAUCGUACAAGAGUGAGGGGUCAAGGUCAGUGGAGAUGGCAAUCCCGUUGACUGGUGAGAUUGAGCCAGUCGCCAACAGUCAGAGUGAGGAGGUGGUAGCUCUUGCUCGUCACUUUGACAGCUCAAGGGAAUGACAAAGAGGCAAGUCUCUAAUGGAGUGCCAUUCUAGAAAUCUAAUGCAGUAGAAUAGUUAAUAACAAUUGUUUCAUUCAUGUUUAUGUAUCACUAA